AUGAGCCACAGCGUCCGGCACUUUGCCGGCGAUCUCUAUGCCAAUGCUGGCAUCUGGAGUCCGCCGUCCAGCGCUGCAAACUUUUGCGAAGAAGACUACGCUGUAACCAUCUACAUUGCCGAGUUUAUCAAUUCCCUCAGCAAUCUGGUCUACAUCUACUAUGGCAUUCAACAAUACUCAAAAUCCCGCUCUGUAGACACCAUGUCCGCAUCUCUUGUUCUCGUGGGUGUCUGCUCAUUUAUUUUUCACGCGUCUCUGCGCCAGACCAUGCAAUUUGGCGACGAUCUCUCCAUGCUGUUCCUUGCCGGGUCGCUGAUCCAGCGCUUAUACUGCGCUGGACAGGAAGCGCCAACCAGGCGUCUCAUCACAGUUAUAGUCUACGCCACUGUCUGUCUGAUGUCGGCAUACUACGUGCAGAGCGGAAAUAUCGUUAUACACACGUCCAUGUUUGCUGUUAUGUUGACGUUUGUCUGGCCACGCACUCUUUAUCUAAUCAGCCGCCGCCAGGCGCAAUCACCGCAAAAAAACGCCCAGGAAAAGGCGCGGCUCCGUUGGAACUUUAAAAAGGCGGUUGCAUACCUGGUGCUGGGGUUCUUGGUGUGGAAUAUUGACCUCGAGGCGUGUCAGCUGCUGAGAAACUUACGCAAUGCGAUUGGCGUGCCGUGGGCCUGGGCGUUGGAGUUGCAUGGCUGGUGGCAUUUUUUCACGGCUUUGGGUGCUGCGGUGUACAUGGAUCUUAUUAGAGAUCUGUGUCCGUAG